GAUAUAUUUUUGCAAUUGUACUCAGCCACACCUAUCCACUCCAUUUCUUCUCACUGGAAAAUGUUCAUCAUUGUUUUUUGUCGAGUAUUUCAAUGACAUUUAUCUUUAAAGGAUUAUUACCAGUCCUUGGCAAUCCCGACGGAAAAGCCUUAAUGGUCGGUCAGGCGCUAAUUUGCACUUAUUCUUUCAUCCGAUACCCAGCGCGAGAGACUAUAAGGGGAGACUGCUUCCAAAUGAUUCAGUCCUGUUUUAGUGUAGCUGGCAUACACUAAUAGAGAUCAGAGCAGUCUCCCACACCUCUGUCUUCUUUACAAUUCCUGUAAAUUGCCCCUGGCCUGUACGUCUUUACAAUGGAAGAAGAGAGCAACCCGUCGCCACAAGAGGCAGAAAACAUCUCUACGAUCAUAGGCGACGGUCUCUCGGCUCUAAAUGGAGCGAGGGCUGUAGAGAGAGGAGAGGAGUCCAAUCCAGAUGAAGAGAACAUGUCCCUUGCUGUCCCUCCAUCCAGCUCCACCCAUGACGAGCAGACUGCCCUUGGUUCUGCUACAGCCAUUACCACUGUCCCUAGCCCUCAGCAGCAACAACAGCUCGUUACUGUUACAAAGCAAGAGCCCCAGGAUACACUGCCUGUGACACUCAGCCCAGUCCCUAUUGCUAAUACACAGCUAGUCUCUGAUAUGAACCCACCACCAGCAACUUCAACUCCUACAAACCAACAGCAGCAGAGGACCAUUGCUAAUCUUCCUCCCAGCAUACCAGCAGGGAAGAUCACCAACUAUUGUCCAAAGCACCCACAUAUUGAAGUAACGCUGGACGGCAAAGAAUUGUGGGAUGAGUUCUUUCGUAGAGGUACCGAGAUGAUUGUUAAUCGUGCAGGAAGACGCAUGUUCCCUGGGUUUUCAAUCAGCAUUAGUGGCCUCAAGCCUAAAUCAAAGUACACAAUGAAGUUGGACAUUGUGCUAGCUGACACUCACAGAUUCAAAUUUCUCAACGCCAGAUGGUUACCAGUAGGCAGUGCUGAACCUCAGUCUCAAUAUGAGACCUACAUACACCCUGACUCUCCUAAUACUGGGACGUUUUGGAUGAGGCAUGGGGUCUCCUUUAGGAAGCUAAAGAUCACCAACAACAAAGAUAGGCCUGGUUCUAAUGCACUCUUGCACUCUAUGCAUAAGUACUUCCUUCGCUUGUAUAUUGAAGAGGAGAAGAAGGUACCUAGUCAAUCAGGGGAAAAAGGAGAAAAAGGUGGAGACAAAGAGAGAGGAGGAGGAGAGGAGAAGUCUCGUCCAACUCACCAACAAACGAUAGCACGGCCAAUUUUAUCUAUUGAGUUUCCAGAGACAACAUUCAUUGCCGUCACUGCGUAUCAAAAUGAAGAGGUCACGCAGCUCAAGAUCACAAAUAAUCCAUUUGCAAAGGCAUUCCGGGAAAAUGCCGCAGACAUGGACUGGGAAACAGCUCAAGCUUUGUAUGGCAACUCUUCAACUUAUCUUAGUCCUGGGACUACAAUGACCCAUGCAGGUAGCUACAACUACCUCAUGUCACCUUCUCCAUCUCCCUGGGCCAUUCACUCUCCGAUGCUCUCCCCUCACUCCAUGCCUCCAUCAUUCCAUUCAAUUGGGACCCCUCAAGCCCACUCGUUGUCAGGGACCUCGCAUUAUUCACCAGAGUCUCAGUUCCGGCAUCCUCUCCCACCUACUCCCCAAGCAGAUGCUAGUUUUUUUCAAUGGCCGCAGCCACAGCAGCAAAGGAGCAGUGAAGUCUUGCAUUCUCCAUACCUCCCUCCACCUUUAGUAUCAACUUACCCUCACACUCCAACUCCUCUUCAACACAGCAUCAUUGAGACUUCACCUUCUGGUGAUACUCUCACUUUGCCUGAUUUUGGGAGCACUUUUGCAACAGUUCCAACUGUGACCACAAACCAUUGAAGAUAAGGCGAGGAGAAGCAGCAAAACUUUUGAACUAAAACAUAAACUCUAUUCUACUGACAAUCAAUGCACUUUUCUGCAUUCACUAAAGAUAAUUUUAAAAUAAAGUAUAUUUCAUUUUUGGCAUGAAAAUGGUGUGUUUAUAGAAUGAGGCAAAA